AUGGCAGAAAUAUUAGACGCAGAGUUUCAGAAGUUAACCAACAAGCUAAUUAGCUUACAAUUUCCCAAAGCUCAGGUUUUCAGGCUUCCAGCCUUCACUGCUCCUCCAGAUUCUCCUUUCAGUCCUGAUCAGUUGGUACUUAACAAAAUCUACUUUUUUGUUUUGAAUGGAGAGUUUCCAUUGGUGUUUGCCCUCUCGUAUUUCAUCUUGGUUCAUGUGUGUAACAGUUUCAUUCGAAAAAGACAGCUUAGGCUUGCAAAUUCGAAGGGUAAUUUUGAAGGAUCAAAACUGCCUGCUGCUCCUUUCUUCUUUACUAAAGGUUGUUUGUUUCGAAACUUUGUGCUACUGCACAAUAUUUUCUUAUGUAUUUACUCAGUAUGGACAUUUAUUGGAAUGUCUACGACAAUUCAUGAAAUAUCCAACCAAGUUCUACCCAGUUUGUUUGCUUCAUCUUAUUCUCAGAAUUUGGAGGGUAAACAUGUGUUUCAGUUCGAGUUCCCUAAAUCAGAGUUGUUUUGGCAAUCCAUAUGUGAUUUGGAUAAUGGGAUAUGGUUUAACAACAAACAACAAAAUCUAAAAGGCCUCUCAUUCUACAGUUUUUGGUUUUACAUCUCAAAGUUUUAUGAAAUUGUUGAUACCUUCAUCAUCCUACUAAAAGGAAGGCCUUCCUCCCUGUUGCAAAGCUACCAUCAUGCAGGUGCUAUGAUCAGCAUGUGGGCGGGCGUUAGGUUUGCUUCACCUCCAAUUUGGAUUUUUGUGGUGUUCAAUUCGUUCAUUCACUCUGUUAUGUAUUUCUAUUUCACGUUGUCGUGCCUGAAAGUUCGUGUACCCAAAGCAUUAAAGCAGCUAUUAACGACUAUGCAGAUUAUCCAGUUUGUUGCAGGAGGGUCUCUGGCAACAUUUCACCUUUUUAUUAACUAUUACGAUAUGGUUGAUGGUAUUUUCAAACCAUGCAUUCCAAAUGCCGACAAAGCAAUGGCCCUUUUUAUCAACGUCGCCUACUUGACCCCUCUCACCAUGCUUUUUGCUGUUUUUUGGAUUGAAAGUUACGCACGCAAGAAGAGUACCGUUUUCAAGAAGGAUCAGUAG